UCAAAACCUUCUCCUAUUGGCCCUAGAGACCCGCGGAAACGAGAAUGGUAACGGCGUCAAUCUCGCCGUUACGUGUAUCCAUUUGAUGACGAGGAAGAAUCUCAGCCGUCCGAUUCCCGCUCCUUCGGGCUAUAUAAUGCCUCCUGGCUUUCCUUAUGAAGCAAACGCUCGCUAAUUUCUCGUUCGAUUUCCGUUAUCUGAAUUUGAGUUCUCAGAGCGAGAGAGAAGGAUAGGAAAAGCUUCGAAACCCUAUGCCUAGAUUCGAUCUGGAGAAAAUGUCAGAUCCUGUUGAAGAUAUCAGUUCUGAAUCUGUGAUGAAGAAGAUUCAUGAGAAGAUCCAUCAUUACCAAGAUUCUUCCUCGUCUUCAGAUUCAGAGAGCGAGAAGCUGAUGCAGGCGUCAAAGAAGGUUCGCUUGUUUGGGAGGCAGCAGCCUGUGCAUGCCCUCUUCGGAGGCGGAAAAUCUGCUGAUAUUAUACUAUGGAGAAACAAGCAGAUAUCAGCAGGCAUACUCACUGGCAUGACGGUCUUGUGGCUUAUCUUUGAAUGGCUUGGCUAUCACUUGCUUACUUUCAUUUGCCAUGCCCUCAUAAUUUCAUUGGGGGUAUUGUGCUGCUGGUCCCAUGUAUCUUGCGCCAUCAAUAAGUCUCCGCCAAAACUUCCUGAGGUUAUCUUACCUGAAGACCUUUUCAUGAGCAUCGCUUUGUCAUUGAGACAUGAAAUGAACAAUGCUUUUGCAACCUUCCGGGAAAUAGCUUCCGGGAGGGACUUCAGAAAAUUUCUGAUGGUGAUUGUGAGCUUGUGGGUUGUUUCUGUAAUUGGCACUUGGUUCAAUUUCUUGACCCUCUUCUACAUAGUGUUUGUGAUUUUACACACGGUGCCAGUGCUUUAUGAGAAGCAUGAGGAUCAUGUGGACACCUUUGCAGAGAAAGCAAUGAAUGAGAUCAACAAACAGUACAAGGUAUUUGACGCCAAAGUACUCCGAAAGCUGCCAAAGGGUCUAUCCAUGCACAAGAAGCAGCAGUGAGAAAUCCAAGAUAAGAGAAAGCUUCCUUCUGCUUAAUCGUUUUAGAAGGCAGUGAUUGGUCAUAUGGAACAACCUCUUCAUUUUUUCUUUCUUUUUGCCUUAUUGAGUUUUGGUUUACAUUUGGAAGGUUAGCUUUAUGUAGUUUAGGCACACUUUAGGAGUAAUCUACAGGGUGAGGAUAGCAUGAGCUGAUGGUGAUUAUUUUAGCUCUGCCUCUGAUGGCUUCGCUAUUUCUAUCCUUCAGUUUUCUUUCUACUAGGAGCUUGCUAGUAGUGUUUAAUGACAGUGUGGAAUUGAUUGCCUUUAAAUUUGGCAAGCUUAAAGGUGUGAGUUUGGAUGCGCUGCUUUUUUUU